GGGUGGGUUACGUGGGAGGGGAGCGUGGAACCUGUUGAGGGGUGGUAUCCGAGGACGACGGUUUCAGUGUACCACUGCCUCGGGUCACGUUAACAAGUGCCCACACACCAGCCGCCAACUCCCACCACUCGGAUUCGACUCUCCACCUUUACGUUGGAGUUAAAAUUUUAGUACCCACCACAAUAAAUCUGGUCCAAGUGGCACAAUGGCACGGCACACACUGCUUUGCCUACUACUAGUUGCAACGGCUUUAGCAAAACCUGCUGAUGAGGAGAAAAAAUCAAGAGUCCACAAUGAAAAACUGAGUGACGAAGAACACUUUAUAGAUGAAGAGCAUAAUCCAGACUAUGAUCACGAAGCCUUCCUAGGAGAAGAUGAGGCUCGGACUUUUGACCAACUCACACCAGAGGAAAGUAGAGACAGACUGAGCAAAAUAGUUGACAAGAUUGACUUAGACCAUGAUGGCAAUGUGACAGAAGGGGAACUUCAGAACUGGAUAGAUUACACUCAAAAGCGCUACAUCAGUGAGGAUGUGAAGAGGCAGUGGAAUGCAAACAACCCUGAGAAUAAAGAAACUCUUCACUGGUUAGAUUACAAGGUCAUGGUUUAUGGAUUUAUGGACAAUAUGGACCCAUCUGAGCUUGAAGAUGAGGCAGAAGGAAUGACAUAUGCAGAAAUGGUGAAAAGAGACAAGCGACGGUGGGCCCUGGCAGAUCAAGAUGAAGAUGAUGCCCUCACACUUGAAGAGUUCACAGACUUCCUCCACCCAGAAGAGGCUGAGCGCAUGAAGUCUAUUGUGGUAACUGAAACAAUGGAGGAUAUUGAUAAGGACAAAGAUGGCAAAAUUUCCCUGAAAGAGUACAUAGGUGACAUGUAUCGUGGUGGUGAUGAUGAGUUUGAACCUGCAUGGGUGAGCAAUGAGCGUGACCAGUUCCGAGAAUUCAGAGACAAGAAUGGAGACGGUUACCUUGAUGAGGAGGAGGUGAAAGGCUGGAUUAUUCCUCCAGACUAUAACCACUCGGAAGCAGAGGCCAAGCAUCUUGUUUAUGAAGCAGACAGUGAUGGUGACAAGGUGCUCACCAAAGAAGAGAUCCUCAACAAAUAUGAUGUUUUUGUUGGUUCUCAGGCAACGGACUUUGGAGAAGCAUUAGUCAGACAUGAUGAAUUUUAGGUCUUUUCAAAUGGUCCUUUUCUAAUUCAUUUCCACUUACUUGUAAGAAAAAUACCAUUGGGACGUGUAUAGUUAUGGGUGUGCUUAUGCUUUUCCCAGAUUUACUGAACCAAUGAUCAUAACAUAACUGACCUCUUUCAUGGUUUUUAUGAAAGUUAUUUUGUAAAGACUAACUAAGAUAUAAGUGAAUCCACAUUUUUUGAAGGUGAUUCAAGGUAACUUAAAUUUAAGUAUUUCAAUAUGGACUGUGUGGUGUCUUGAGACCUUAUAUUAGGAUUUCAGGUCAUUUCUCUAUAGUUCAAAAUAUAACUGAAUGCCUUUUGUAUAUAAUAUUUAAUGAAAAAGUUUGAGUUCCCUGACUGCUAAUUUUAUUAGGGUAAUGCAAAAUACAGUAUAGAAUUAUUUUGUAUUAUGUUUCCUUUAACUAAUUUUGAUGUGGGGAGAAAUAAUAUAAGUGGAAAUUAAUAUCAAAUUACUUCAUGCAAACUGUCACAAAUAAUUAACCAAAAAAUUUAAUGCAAAUAUUAAGUGGCUUAAAUCUUCCAAAUUACCCACAAUAUAAUAUUUCACCCAUUAUUCAAAUCAAAGUGUACUCUUAUCAUGUAUGUACAAUACCACUUUUUACUAUAUUACCUGUAUACUUUUUCUCAAGUAUCAUUGUAAUUCUUUGGCACAGAUUAUAGAAUGAAGUGACAACGGGCAAUAAAAUAGACAAUGGAUGUGUGUAGUUAGGUUCAGUACUACUAAUGAGGUAAGGAAUUUCACAUUACCUGUAUAUCAUCAGGUUAGAUAUGUUUCUGACUGUAUUUUAAUAGCCAAAGAGGGAUUAAUAAGUUCUGUGUAGCCUUUGGUGCAGUUUGCACAUUCAGUAUAUGACUGAUAGGUUCAUGUUUCAGUUUUGUGGUGAAAAAAAAAAGUCGUGUGACCAAGUGCAGGAUUUUAAGACGAAAAUGUAGGAAUAUUAUUAUUGUUAGUUAGGUAGUCAUAAAUAAAUCAGCCAAAAAGUGCAUGGAUGACCUAAUAUUUCAUACUUAUUCACAAAGUGACACUGAAGAACUUGAGCAUCAAUUUUUACUCCACUAUUUGAGCUUCAUUAAAGCCAACUCUUGCCUUCUGUGUGAAUAGCUUCCAGGAUCAAUUCUAGAGGGGUUACUACAAAUUUAUUAGGUAUUGGUUUUCAGUACCCGGUAUUUAAAUUAUCCAUAUUGUUGAAGAUAUGAUUUUUGUGUAUGUUUAAAUUCAGACAAAUUUAAUUUUAAUGCCCGUGAUGGUAGUUCCAAAUUGAAAUUAUCAAAAUGUCUGAGCAGUUAACCAAAUUAUUUUGUCUGUUGUAUUCUUAAUACAAUACAGGACAGUACUGUAUUGCAAAUUAUGUUUUAUUUUUAUAUGAAAAGUGAAUUAAGUUACUUAUAAGGUUCUUUACUAAAAGAAAAGACGUUCUCUUUUUCAAUGGUGCUUGUGGCAGGGAGUGAAUUUCAUCCCUGUUCAAUUUUUUAUCAGGAUAUACCAGUGUUGCGGUUUUAUACUAGAGCAUUUCAUAUGCAUUGACCAAUUUUCAACAAGUAUAUUCUGACUGAAACAAGGCAUUUUUAAUGAUCAACUCUUAGUUUUGUCUUGCAAUGUCAGUACUGUGUUUAUAAAUAUCAUGAUCUUUGUUGAAAGAGCCUUUUCAUUGAAAUUUCAAAAUGAUUUAACAUUAUUUAUGCAUAGGUAUUUUCAGUUUAAAGAACAAUUGUAGUACAGUGCAGUAUUUAGAAAUUGAGAGCAAAUGUGUCUAUCAUAACAGGAUAGGUAGCAUGUUAUUGCUGCUUUACUGUUGCAUAUCUUUUUUUGUAGAUUCUCAAUCUUCAUAUUUUUUUUUAAUAAAUAUUAAAUAAA